UACUCUCAUUGCUUACAAAAACAAGGUGGUGCGUUAGAUUUUUUUCUGAUCUCGCCAAUUCAACUGUGAUUUUUCAAUAUACUUAUACUCCGCGGACGGAACAGCCGUUCAGCAUCAUUUGCCUUUGCAUGAACGAGUAAUGACGAGCAGCUGUGUCGCUAUAUUGUGUUAAUUCGAUAUCGGAAGUGAAUAGUUCAUAUUAACUCUUUUCUUACCUAUUCAUAUUCGUCAAUAAUUUUUCAAUCAAAAUGGCAAAAGGUGUUUUUAAUUUCGUAAUUUUGGUUUUCUUAUUUUCCUACGGUGUUUUGUCAGCCCCUACUCCUACCCCUACCAAAUCAGUUGUUUCCUCAAAUAGUGAUAACUCUACAGUACCAUCCGCGUCAUUGUUAAAUGAAAGUAGCCAACUACCAAUGCAUGAGAAAACCACUGUUGACGCAAAAUCUGCCUCAUCACUGGAAGAAACGGAUAAAUCCAGAACUCAUUCGCCUUAUAAACAUAUGCUCUCAAAUUUGCAACAGUAUAUGUCCAGUUUGCAACAUGUUAAUGCAUUGACUCCAGCUGCAUACUCUAGUUAUUCUUCUCCAUCAUUCGGAUCUGGAUACUCAAGUGAAGUCUUACCUUACUACGGAUCUUACGGUGCUUCUUCAUAUGCUCAAUCUGCUCCGGUAUAUCAUUCACUUCCAGUCUUUCCUGCAGCUCCAGUAGCUGUCCAAUCAGUUGAUCAUGCUCCAGUAGCUGUGUCUCAAACUACUGUCUCAAAACCAGUUGUAUCUUACAACCAGUACAUUGUUAACCAACCAGUCUACUCAGUUUCGCAAAAGGUCAUCCAUAAACCCAUCUACACUGAGCUUUUGGAAGUCGUUCAUCGACCAGUUAUUGCUGAAGUCGCCGAAGUUAUCCAUAAACCUGUUGUUACCAAAUUGCAACAGGUCAUCAAGAAUCCUUUGUACACUCAGCAUAUCAUCAAAAUACCAUCGUACGGUUUGGUCAAACAAGAAAUUUACCAGGCUCCUUUGCAAUUACAGGGAGGUACCAUUCAUGUAGUUGAUAAACCAGUCAGCCAAGUUGUUCACUUACCUCAACAAGUCAUUCAACAAGUAGCUGCUCGUGUUGUGCAGAUUCCAGUUGUUCAAGAACUUGCCACAAUGACUUCUUACCAUGUACCAGCAAAGUCUGUUGUCACAAAUGGAUUCUCCUAUGGUAGUUACCCAUCAUCAAUUGGAUUUGGGUAUGGUUACAGAUCUAGCUAUGGAUUAGGCUCCAGCUACGGAUUAGGCAGCUAUGGAUUGGGCUCAGGUUAUGGAAUUAGCUCUGGCUAUGGAUAUGGCGGAUCAUAUGGCAGUGAAUCUGCUUACCAAUCCUACCUGACCCCAUCAUACGGAUGCAGAGCCACUGGUACUUGCCCCACAGACACUGAAUCUGACGAAGAAUUCACCAACUUUCAAGCUGCUCCAUCUGCCUUACCUUACUCCUGGCCAUCAACAAUGCAAUCCACCUACAACAAUGCGCAAAUACCAAACACCUUAUUCAACGAAGAGCCAGCUUAUGUUGCUCUUGGUCAACCAAUCUUCAGUGGUUUAAGUGACCAGCCAAUCAAUAGCCAAAAAGAAACAGAAUCCUCAGCUGAAUCUGAUUCUGAACAACUAGAAAUGACCGGAAAAUCUAGGGAAAGUGAUAACAACGCUAUCAAGAGUAAGUCCGUGAUUAUAGCUGAUUUAAUCAAAAAUGACCCAAUUGCUUUCAAACAAUUCAACCAACUUGUCAAAGAUGUCAAAGCUAGACACCCCGAAGCCGAAGCACCAAUGACUAUAGCUGAUUUAAUCAAAAAUGACCCAAUUGCUUUCACACAAUUCACCCAACUUGUUGAAAAUGUCAAAGCUGGACACCUCGAGGCACAAAGCAGUGAAACGUUCAAUAUUGACGAAUCUCCCCAACAAUAAGUCAAGGAAUUAGCUGACAAAGACCCUACUAAAUGGGCUGAAAUCUACAGCAAAUUUCUGAAAAAUCAACAACAAUGAAAGAUCAAGGUAACAACCAAUACACCAAUGGAAAGUCUAAUUCGUCCUGGUUACGAUUUUUUACAAUGAUUUUUUCAACAUUGAAAAAGGGUAGCUUUGUUUCCAAUGUUUUUCAAUUGUGAUUUUUGAUAAUUUGUUUUCAUUUUUCUUAUUAAACGUGCAUCUUUU